UUCAGCCUGGCAUCAGUCGCCCUCAAGACGCCAAACUCACAUCACCAUGAAGGUCGUGUUCCUGUUCGCUCUGGUGGCCGUGGCUGCUGCCAUGCCCGCUGCUGACCCAGAGGCUGACCCCCAGCUUCUCCUGACCUCUCCCCUGACCUACACUUACCCCUUGAUCAAGCCCCUGGAGGUCAAAACCAAGAGCGUCCCUCUCGUAUACUCCUCCGCCCUCCCCCUGACCUACUCCUUCGGAACCUACCCCUACGCAGCCUACCCCUACAACUACUUCCCCUACUCCUACCCCCUGGUGGUCAACGCUGCCGAACCCGCAGCAGCUGAGCCAGCUGUCGAAGAGGCUUAAGAAGGACCUGCUGCUGCUCUCAGACCUCCAAUGUGCUGCCGAAGGACUCCAACGCCUCUCAGUCUUUUGUGGUUCUCCAGAAGAGGAGACCCACAGGAUAUCUUGCAAAGAAAGUCCUUCCAUUUCAGAAAGCAAAUGAAGGUCAGAGAUUGUUGAGGAUUCUUUCCUUAGGAAAGGGUUCCAAUAAUGUCUCCGUCGAAGUCUUCAUUGGCAGGACUCGAUUUCUGGAAGGAUUCUAGCCAUCGGCAGCAAUGUUGGAACCUUUGUGGUGACGUCAUCGUGGCUUCUGUUUCUGGUGUCUUCGACUUCUAUGUUUCAUUCAGAUUUCAUUUUUAGUUCAUUAAAAAUGUUUUUAUUUUAUUUUGUGCUAAUUCUCUCUAUCGUGGGACGUAAAUUGUGCAGCUUUUUCACAGUUCCGUCUACUGAAACGCAUACGUUGAUUCAUAAUUUCUUUAUUGAUUAAAAUGAAACGAAAAUGCAGUUGUGGUCUUUGUUUUAAAUAUUCCUUGCUUCCUGGAAUUGAUUAUCAGUUAAGGUUGAAAGAAAAUUUCACGACUGUUGCUCAAACUGAAGAUAUUUAAAUGUGGUUUUCAUUGGACAAAGAAAAUUAUUUUUUACAAGAGUUUAUUUUAAACUUGAAGCUGAAAAAAAAUAAAAUAGAUGAUAAGUUAUUCUUUCUAUAGGAUUUCGCAGUUUGAAGACAAAUAAAGAAUUUUAAUAAUCAAAAGAAAAAUAAAUUUUAUUUUCUAGUUGCAUAAAUAUAACGGUUAUAAUAGUAUCAUUGGACUCCUAAUGCCAGGCAUAUGGGUUGGGGUCUACAUCAAGAAGAAACAAGGAGUGAUCCGACCUCCAGCUUACUCGGGUCGCAUGCUAAAAUCUACGCUCAAAGAGAGCGUUGUUUCACCAACGAAAUUCAGAAUAAAUACGCUAUAUUUUUAUUAGAAAUCAUUGUUCUUUACAGUUAGUUUAACAUGCACAUUAU